GUGGCGCUGCUGGAUGCCACUGCCCGCCCCGAGGAGGAAGGGUUCCCGGGGGCCCUGUGUCCCAGGGAGGAGGGGGAGGAGGAGGAGGAAGAAGACAGGCGGAGGACCCCAAGACCCGUCACUUUCACACUGGGCAACGAGAUGCUGGGGCUGGGCCCAGAAAGUGAGUUUCAGAGCCCUGACGCCGAGGUCUACAUGCACUUCAUGAGGAGCCACUGCUGCUACGACGCUGUCCCCACCAGCUGCAAGCUUGUCGUCUUCGACAUCUCCCUGGAGAUCAAGAAAGCCUUUGUUGCGCUGGUGGCCAACGGGGUGCGUGCUGCCCCGCUCUGGGACAGCAAGACUCAGAGCUUUGUGGGGAUGCUCACCAUCACCGACUUCAUCAACAUCCUCCACCGCUACUAUCGCUCGCCCCUGGUUCAGAUCUACGAGGUGGAGGAGCACAAGAUUGAGAGCUGGCGAGAGGUGUACCUGCAGGGCUCCUUCAAGCCACUGGUCUACAUCUCCCCGAGCAAUAGCCUCUUCGACGCUGUCUACUCCCUGAUCAAACACAAGAUCCACCGCCUGCCCGUCAUCGAGCCCGUCUCGGGCAACGUCCUGCACAUCCUGACGCACAAGCGCAUCCUCAAGUUCCUCCACAUCUUCGGCUCCACCAUCCCCAAGCCACGCUUCCUGAAGAAAACAGUGCAGGAGCUGUGUGUUGGCACCUUCCGUGAUGUGGCCGUCGUGCCCGAGACUGCCCCCAUCUAUGCUGCCCUGGAGAUCUUCGUGGACCGCCGUGUCUCCGCCCUGCCCGUCAUCAAUGAAUCUGGGCAAGUGGUCGGCCUCUACUCUCGGUUCGACGUCAUUCACCUGGCAGCCCAGAAGACCUACAACAACCUGGACAUCAGCGUGCGGGAGGCACUGCAGCAGCGCACCAUCUGCCUGGAGGGGGUCCUCACCUGCUACCCCCAUGAAACCAUGGAAGACAUCAUCGACCGCAUUGCCAAGGAGCAGGUCCAUCGCCUGGUUCUGGUGGAUGAGAACCAGUACCCGCGGGGCAUCAUCUCCCUCUCCGACAUCCUCCAGGCCCUUGUGCUCACUCCCGCAGGUAGGCGCCGUCCCCCGCCACUGCGUGCCUGUCCCCUCCCUGCUGCUGGGUCACCCACACCUCGUCACCUCCCUGCUCGGGCCACCCGCCUCCACCCCAGCCAAACCGGCCCUGGAGGACCGAGGAGGCUGGGACGGGGGUCCGGCAGCGCUGGGUGCCCAGGUGGGGACGGCAGGACCCGGAUGCUGCUUGUCCCCGGGGACACAAGGAUCACAGGGGAUCCCUUCUGGGAUCCUAAUUCCUGGUGUCUGUGGGGAAGGAUCAGGGCACCUGCCAUGGAGACACCCCCAGACCCCCAUCCAAGCAGCGUGUGGGAUGCAGGUUUUGCAGGUCCCUGGACUUUGGGCUGGAUGAAGGUUUUGGGGUGUGAUGCACCCCAAGACAAAAGCCCUUUUUUGACCUCACCUCAAAGCCCCCCCUGAGACCUGAGCCCCUCCAGUGCCAUUCCCGGGGGACACAGGGGACAGACCCCCACUUGCAUACCCCGGACAUGCUGCCCACCACUAGCCAUGUGCACAGCAUGGCCAACCCACGAGCCAUGGCUGGUGGAGCCCACCGCCCCCUCCACCUGCAGUGGCCCCGAAACUGCUUGAUCCAGGGAUGGGGCUCACUCCCGGGCCGCGCUGGGACCGUGCUGCCCGGCCGCCUGCACCUGGCUCCGCUCGCCCACUGCCUGGUGAGUCCUCACUGGCGAUGGGUGGGCACGGCGCUGGCACCCACCGUGGCACCCAUUUAGGGGUGAACUGGGGAGGGGGGGGGCUGGUCCCGGUGCCCAGCUGCUUCCUGAAGGUAAUGAUGCUUUUUUGAGAUGGCGGUGGGGAACAGGCUUGGGACAGCCCCAUGCCCACCAGUUCUCCCAGCAGUGCCCAGUUGCUCCACACAGAAGGAGCCUGGGAGUGGUGUGUGUUAACCACACCAGACAUGGGACACCCUCCCCCCUCAUUUCCCCAUCACGCUGCCUUCUCUCACCCCAUCCCUGGUGCCCAUGGAGGUGGUUGUGCCAGGAGCUGCUGGGGGGCCACUGGGAUGUCCCCCUCUGGGCCAGUGCCCCCGUCCUACUCUAGGGCUUGCAUCCAAGCCAGGGAUGGAGGCAAGACCCUGCUGUCCCCUGUGCUGUCCCCGUGGCCGCCAGGGCAGGUCAGAGGGCCAUGCUGCAGAGUGCCCAGCCCGGCACCAGUGCCCUCCGGGUGGUUAUGGCCUCACGUG